UUUAGGGGGGGUCGUCGGUGCCUUGUUUUCAUUUUGGGGGCUGUAAGCUACCACCAGCAGGGUAAUUACUAUACUAAAAUACAAACACCUUCAUGCCUGGACCGCUGCACAUUUUAAUACAUCAUAUUUGUCCAGGUAGUGGAAAGCUUGCAAGUUUAACGCUAGGUCUUCAAAAGUAGCUGAUGGAUGCGCGGGUAUCGGAGUUAUUUGGAUCAGGAAAUGGACACGGCUCUGGAUCUCAAGGUGUUGCGUCCAAUGUUAAGCCAGGAAAUGCCUUUGGGAUGGGGGUAACUCCUAAAAAAGCUUCUGCAAAGAACAAGAAAGCAAAGGCUCGAUCUUUCCGCAACUUCAAACCGAGCAAUAACACCCCAUAUCUACCUCCAGAGGCCGAAGAGGGAAAUAUAGAGUACAAGCUGAAGUUAGUGAACCCAACGCAAUAUCGUUUUGAGCACCUGGCUACACAAAUGAAAUGGCGUCUGCAGGAAGGUCGCGGAGAAGCUGUCUAUCAAAUUGGUGUUGAGGAUAAUGGCAUGUUGGUGGGACUAUCAGAGGAGGACAUGAGGGCAUCACUAAAAACCCUCCAUAAGCUGGCAGAGAAAGUUGGAGCCGACAUCACAAUUCUUAGAGAGCGAGAGGUGGACUAUGACUCUGAUGUGCCUCGUAAGAUUGCUGAAGUUCUCAUUCGCAAGGUGCCAGAUGACCAGCAGUUCUUGGACCUGCGAGUAGCCGUACUGGGUAAUGUGGACUCUGGCAAGUCCACCCUGUUGGGUGUUUUAACACAGGGUGAGCUUGACAAUGGACGGGGAAGAGCGAGGCUCAACCUCUUCAGACAUCUCCAUGAGAUCCAGACUGGACGCACGUCAAGCAUCAGCUUUGAGAUCCUUGGCUUCAACAGUAAAGGAGAGGUUGUGAAUUACAGCGAGUCUCGGACAGCAGAGGAGAUUUGUGAGAGUGCCUCUAAAAUGAUCACAUUCAUUGAUCUAGCGGGUCACCACAAGUACCUGAAAACCACCAUCUUUGGCCUCACCAGCUACUGUCCUGAUUUCGCUAUGCUGGUUGUCAGUGCAAAUACUGGUAUUGCUGGUACAACGCGAGAGCAUCUUGGGAUAGCCAUGGCCUUGAAGGUGCCCAUCUUCAUCGUCAUCAGUAAGGUGGACCUGUGCACACGGGCCACUGUGGAGCGCACAGUGCGGCAGUUGGAGCGUGUCCUGAAGCAGCCAGGCUGCAACAAGGUGCCUAUGGUUGUAAGCAGCACGGACGAUGCCGUCACAGCAGCGCAGCAGUUCGCCCAGUCUCCCAAUAUCACACCUAUCUUAACCUUGUCCAGUGUCACUGGAGAGAGUCUAGAACUACUCAAGGUUUUCUUCAACAUCAUCCCUCCUCUCAGCAACAGCAAGGAGCAGGAGGAACUUAUGCAACAGCUAACCGAGUUUCAGGUGGAUGAGAUAUACACAGUGCCAGAGGUGGGAACUGUGGUAGGAGGUACUUUGUACAGUGGUAUUUGCCGUGAAGGAGAUCAUCUUGUCGUAGGACCCACAGAUUUGGGCCAGUUCCACAAGUUGACUGUUGGAAGCAUCCAAAGGAACCGCUCGGCAUGUAGGGUACUCCGGGCUGGCCAGGCUGCUACACUCGCACUAGGCAACUUUGACCGUUCACUUCUACGCAAGGGCAUGGUGAUGGUGAGUCCAGAGAUGGAUCCCACUAUCUGCUGGAUGUUUGAGGCUGAGAUUGUGCUGCUCUUCCAUGCCAAGACCUUCCACAAGGGUUUCCAAGUUACUGUGCACAUUGGCAAUGUGAGACAGACCGCCACUGUGGAAGCUGUGUACGGCAAGGAGGAGCUGAGGACAGGGGAGAAAGCAGUGGUUUGCUUUAGAUUCAUCAAGCAUCCAGAGUACCUGAAGGUGGGAGCAAAGGUGCUUUUCAGAGAGGGUGUGACCAAAGGUAUCGGCCACGUCACCAAGUUACAACCCAUCGCGCAGUACCAGCCAUCCCAAAGCGAUGAGGAAGUCUAAAGUUUCUCUGAGAACCACACCAGAAAACACCGUCCCACCAGAAAACAAGGUGCUUCAUAUAAGCAGCCUCCCUCCGUCUGCCCUCUGUUCCCUGCACAGUAAAUCCCUCUCACAGGAUUUUGUUGUUUUUUGCCCCUUUCAACAGCCUUUUUGGCACCAUCCUCCUAACUUCUGCCCUUCAGCGUUUUAAAGCACUGCUGAUAUUUUAGUCUGCUCUCUGGUGUUGAGAUUUUAUGGGUGUUUGUUUUUCAUGGCACUGAUAAGAGGAAGUUUUUCAGCUCUCUAACACAUUCACUUAGCAACAUCUACCAAAGUGAAAUUGACUGUCAAGAACACCAUUGCAAUGCGCAGAUCAAAACGUUGCAACAGGGAAAUUGCUUUCUGACACCUGUGAUGAAGUGCUGCUUACAUUUUACACCUAAAUGCACUCCUCACACUUGCCACACACUUGCACUGAAACGUACAUGCCGGUGUGGACAUACCUUUGGCAGACGAUUGUUUACAAAUUCAGUAGAUGCAAGGAUGAGAUGCUCAGACAUUAAGGUGUGAUGUAUCACCGAUGUCAUUGCCCCAAAGCAGCUGGUCUGUGAAACCAGCAUAGUGCCUGACGAGCCUCUGAUGACGAGCCUAUGAUCUCAUUGUAUUUAAGCACUCGUAAACGAUAACUUGUUCAUGCUAAUUACUUGUGCGAGAUAACAGCAACAGCAAUGAGGGACAUUUGUUGUUCUCAGACACAGCUUGUCAGUUGUAUGGAGGCAAAAGUAAUCUUUCAGCUAUAAUGCUGACAAGGGCACUUUAUGAAGGUGGAUGAGAGCAUUGCGACGUAUGCAAAGUUAGAACUUGACCCAUUUUGUAUGUCAGUCUGCCAAGAUUACUCACAUUGGCAAUCACCUUGUAAGUGUUUUUUUCACAUCAAUUUGUCUGUGAGAAUUAUGUUUUUAUUCACAAAAAAUGCCUCUCGAUAGUGCAGUGAGAUGCUAAAGAUCUCGCUGCCUUUCUUUCAAGUGCUUUAGUUACUCAGGUCAGUGUAGAUAUCGUGAUAGACAGCAUUCCACUCUCACAGAACUACUCCGGUGGAGGUUUCUGUUUCUGACUUGGGGGGGCGGGGGGUGUAGGAGACAACAAAGUUGUUUCUCCCAAAGAGAUGUGUUUGAUUAUGCAUUAUACAGAAUAUAAAGCUGACUACUGAUGCAGCUUUGUUGAAACUGCUCUGUUAAAAGCAAUUAUGUUUGAGGUACAUCAAUAUCAUCUCUUCAUUUAAGUUACUGAUGUCACUAACUUUGAAGGGAGGUUAACACAGUGCCUGAUGGAACUACCAUUAAGUAGCAUUCUAUCACACCCAAAGUUUUUACAGCUUAGUAAAAAAAAAACUUAAGUUGGUGCUACUCACUGAAGCAGCUUUUGAUAUCUAGAUGACCUUGAAAAUGAAUGUUAAUUGCUACUUUGUUAAAGGCUGCUGUUGGGCCUUAUCGUGUCUUAUUACUGCAUGUUGAUGUGAUUUAUACAUAGAUUGUUGUCCCACUGACAUCAAGGAUCAAGGCGACAACUGAAAUGUAUACCGUUUUGUUGCAUUCACUUUGUUGUUGUUACGCACAGUUUGUGUGCACUCAAAGAGGAUAAAUGCAUUUCAACCAAAAUAUUUUACAGCAUUUAUGAAGAGGUAUAUCAGAUGUUAAAGUUUGUUUUUAUGCGUCUGAGAAAUAUUUUAUAGAUUUCUAGUAGUUUCAGAUUUUACAAUUAAUUCAGUUUUCACUGUUGGAGUCUUCUUUGUGACACCAUCACGUCUUCACUUUUUUGCAAUCAGAUUUAAGACCUGUUUUCCUUUUUAAUUGAAAGUGUAACAUUUUUGAUCAUUUGGGUGAAAUGCAAUAUUUAUGUACAGAUCCAAUUUGUGUACAUGGUGUACAUGAAUAAAACUUUUAUUAUCUCCUUAGCAG